AUGAUGGACCUGGUCCAUCUGAAAAGAAAUAAGUUAAAUGCAUAUGACAAGAAGAAGAGGAGUGCUUUGCAUUUGGCUUGCGUAAGAGGCUAUGCCAAGGUACCCACUAUGUUGAUCGACAAGGACUGCGAUCUGAACAUCAGAGAUGCUGAAGAGAGGACACCUCUGAUAAAGGCCGUGCAAUGCGAGAGACGGCAGUGCGUCACUCUCCUCUUAGAACGUGGCGCAGAUCCCAACAUUACGGAUAUCCACGGUAACUGCGCUCUCCACUAUGCUGCCCACAGCGGCAAUGUAGAGAUUGCAACAAAACUCCUUGAACAUGGUGCCGCUACAGAGAUAAUGAACAAGAAAGACACCACACCACUCUUCCUUGCUCUGAAGGAAACCCAUUCAGAUGUGGCGGAACUUUUAAUUAAGCAUAAGGCAAAUAUACAUCUAGUUGAUGGAUGUAGGAGAACAGCGCUCAUGCUUGCUGUACUUUGUAAUUCGGAAAGCUUAGUGGAUCUUCUUUUGGAGCAGAAUAUUAAUGUCUUUGCGGAAGAUUUAUUUGGACGGACUAUAGAUAAUUUUCUUCUUCCUGACUCUGAAAGCAUUCAACAGAAAAUUUUGGAAUACAAGGCAAAAAUUAAACCUAUAACUCCUGCACAAGCAAGAGCAACUUUGGUUAAGGAAAGGCGUUCUGUUUGUCAAAAGGAAGAAAUGGCUGAAAACCAUUUUUCCACCUUCACUUUAGUCCAGCCAUUCAUACCAGGUCCUCGAAUGGCCUUUGUCAACCAUUGUGAUACAGAGGAAGGAGCAAGAGAGUCAGAAGUUGGAGACAAUACCAACACGAUUGGUAUUGUUGAAAGUGCUACACAAAAGCAAAUAGAUAAAAUCUCUGUACUGUUAUCAGGACACGACAAACCAAAAGAACCAAGUUUGUAUUUGGAGAGUAUUUCAGAGACUCUUUCAGAGAAGGAUCUUAGUCAUUCAUCUCAGGAUGCCAAUCAAGAAGAAAAAAACAGAGUAAAUGCACAAGUAGAAGGACACAAAAUUUUAUCAAAAUCAGUGAAAGAGGAAGAAGAACCUAAAGGAAGUGAAAAUAACCAGCCACAGUGCAUGUUAAGACACAACCUCAGUAUCAGGUAACAAUAUUCAUUCAGGAAAUUUGCACACACAGAGAAGAUUGGAUUACUGCAGCUCCAGAGAUUACUGGAAGGAGGAGGAAGUGCUGGAUUGGGGCAGAACACAGGGAGGCAUUUCUCUUCUCCAGAAGGAUCAGGCAUCUGAGAUAUAUGUUGCAUUGAUACUAG